UGCGCCGGUUUUACAACCCAUGGGCGUGUACAAGAUUCAACUUGUUAACCGGAUUACCUCCCCUUUGUAACUCUCGCUACCUUCACGACAAGCAUCACAAUGGCUAUCCUGCCAGCAACUUGGGACAUGUAUGACCUCAUACAAGGUUUUAUACAGGCGCCAGCUUACCACUUGGUGUUUGAAGCUCUGUUGAUAGUAUGGAUCUUCAAGCUUCUCUUAUUCUCCAAGAGCUAUGCUCCAGAAAGAACAGUCUUAACAGAAAAGGAAAAGGCAGACCUUAUUGCCGACUGGCAGCCAGAGCCCUUGGCCCCUGAUGUGCCAGACGACCACCCAAUCCUGCAGAGCAUGGAGCAGAACAUGAUAUCUGGCCGUCCAGACAAGUAUGUUACCAUCAAUGGCAAGCGGUGUAUCAACAUGGCCACUCUCGACUUCCUUGGCAUGAUCAAUGAUAAAAGCAUUGAGGCGAAGGCCAUAGCAGCACUGAAAGUCUAUGGGGUAGGCUCAUGUGGACCGAGAGGCUUUUACGGAACCAUGGACGUUCACCUGGAACUGGAAGAGAAACUGGCCAAGUUCAUGAAUUGUGAGGAAGCCAUCUUGUAUUCUUACGGGUUUGCCACCAUUGCCAGCGCUAUCCCAGCCUAUUCGAAGAGGGGGGACAUAGUGUUCUGUGAUGAGGGAGUCUGCUUCUCCAUCCAGAAAGGUCUGGUGGCAUCUCGUAGCAUUGUCAAGUUCUUCAAGCACAAUGACAUGGCCGACCUGGAGCGACUUCUUAUUGAGCAACAACAAAACGAUAAGAAGAAUCCCAAGAAAGCCAAAGUGACGAGACGUUUUAUAGUUACAGAAGGAUUGUUUGUCAACUAUGGAGACAUCUGCCCUCUACCUCAACUUGUGGAGCUCAAGUGGAAGUACAAGGUUCGCAUUUUCUUGGAAGAGAGUCUCUCAUUUGGUGUCCUGGGGAAGACGGGCCGAGGCGUCACUGAAUAUUUCAAUGUGAAUAUAGAAGAAAUUGAUCUGAUUGCUGCAUCUCUAGAGAACUCCAUUGCCUCCAUCGGGGGAUUUUGUUGUGGGCGGAAAUACGUCAUUGAUCACCAGCGUCUGUCAGGACUGGGCUACUGUUUCUCGGCCUCCUUGCCCCCCAUGCUGGCUUCAGCUGCCACACAAGCCAUAAGCAUCCUGGAGAACCAGCCUGUUUUAUUGACACAGCUGGAAGAGAACUGUAAGCUGAUGCACGAGGGCCUCUCAAAGCUUGAGGGUUUCUGUGUCUUGGGGGAUCCUGUCGCUCCUAUCAAGCAUGUCCGCCUGUCUGAGCCAUCUGAUGACCGUGAUCUGGACAUGAAGACCCUGCAGAUGAUUGUGGAUCAUUCGAGGCAGCAGGGCGUUGCACUGACUCUGGCUCGCUACCUGGAGAAGGAGGAGCAUGUCCUUCCAUACCCCAGUAUACGAGUGUCUGUGAACUGCAAAUUGGAAAAAGAUGAGAUUGAUCGUGUGUUGAGUUCAAUGACUGCUAGCGUAAACAAGGUCAUGUCUGCCACAUCAUAGCAGCUGCAGAGUUUGAUGGCAAAGCAGUCUACCUACUCCACGGAUACCAGAUACUUGACGACCAUCACUACACAUUAUAUAUAUCAUGACUCUCACUUACACAUAGUCACACGUGGAGACGUGGGAUAGUACAGUUUGAAAUAAGUGGGAAAUGUCUUGUUCAUGUUUCCAUAUCACUUCUGAAUGUCACUGGCUAUGAACACACAAUGCCAUUUAGAAUGUGGUCAAAUGGUUCAAAUGUUAUAUUUUGGAUAACACUUCUCUUAGUAAAGUACAGAUUCUAGAACAUUAUCGAGCUGAGUCCCGUCCGGGAUUCGAACCCUAACAGGACUCAACACAAAAAUGAACUGGAAUCUGUACUUUACUAAGAAAGUGUUAUCUCAAAUAUAACAUUUGUCAUUAGCUAUGUUUUUAAAAUAAGUCAGUUAUCAGAGUUAUUUUAAUAGUUUACAGGAUGAAGGUAGAAUUAAAAUGCUGACAUGUUUGAGGUCCAUGGAAUUACCGUAAUGGUUACAUUAAAUAAGAUAUAAUGGGGUAGGGUGAAAUUUGGGGAGUGUGAAGUACAUCCUCAAUAAGACACUUACUUCUGACAUUUUUUUCAUUUUUUUUUAUGAAACUGUGUCUGUAAAUGAUGUAACAGUUUUGUUCUGAGAUUGUAGUUCCCAGAAAGCCUGUAAGCUAAUAGUGAGAUGUGAAUGUUUCCUAGGCUGAACUUCUCUGAAUAUUUCUUGUAUCCACAUGACCACUGUGUAGUGGUGGGGUGUGUGUGUUGACCUGGUGGGGUGUGUGUGUUGACCAGUCUGUCCGGCUGGUCCAGGGUGCCAAGCUGCCUGACUGCUGGGGCUUGUAGGGUGAGGACUGUGAUGAAUGUAAUGUGCCAGUGUGCACCCUACAGUGAUGGUUUGUGGGAACACAUCAGCAUUGAUCGUUAUGCAUGUUACAGCACUUGACACGUUUUACUUCCACAGCACUUUACAGCCAACCUUUGUUGACUGCUGAUUGCCGCAUUUUAUUUCAAACCUUUUUCAGCAGUUUAGAAUAUCUCAAACUUGUUUUUGUGUUGUGUCAAUGGACUACAUCUUGACCAGCACAAAUCAUCCUUCAGAUGGUGAACUCUUUCUUAAGUCAAUAGAGGUGAGAUGACAUUCAAGGCAAUGUCAUUGUGGUUCUCUAAGCUGACUUUCUUUCACAGACAUUUAUUUUUUUCAAACAGUUUUGAUUCUAUAUUAAAAGUAUACAGAGAAUAUAUUAAGGAAGGUGCAUAACAGCAUGUGAUAAUAAUUACAUUGUACAUGGUGGGAGGCUGUAUUUUUAAACUGGGGAUAUGUGGGUAUGAAGUCUUUCACAGACUUGGUGCUGGUUGAAAUCAAUAACAGUGAUGAGAUUACAUUCUGGUUUUAAUUAUUGCAAACUUUCCUGAUAUUUCAGAUCUUUUUCGGAAUUUGAUUUUCCAUUGACUACAGUCCUUAGUGCCAAUUUUUGAUGCUGAAAUAAACAAAUUGGUGUUUGUUUGCAAAUGUGUACCUGUCUAUAAUUUUUUUUAAGAUCUUAAAUUUUUUUAUAAUCCCUCUACGAGAUAAGAAAUUUAACUAUGUUGACAGUUGUUUCAGAGGAACUGUUCGUUGUUUCAUCAUGGAGUACAUACUGUAGGCUGCAGGUGAACACUCACACCUUGAUCAAGUAGUUGGGAAUGGUACAGACAUGUGUGUCGCCUCUGUGUCGUGUUCCUGUGCAGUGAGCAGUGGUAGCCCAGCUGAGACAUCCUCUUGUUACAUUCGAAGGCCAAAUGUGUCUUGUUUAUUAGGGCUGGGACAGGUAACUCGGGUACUCGGGGACCCGGGGACCCACACGACUACCCGGACAUGUGGUUUGUCACGUGAUCUGUUGUUUAAUGCCAAAACUUAUGUAGAACUCCUGGUUACACAUGGUUCUGACGAUGCACGCAUUGCUUCUUACUUUUAUAUGUUUGAAUAAAGAUAAAGCUUAAGUCAACUUCUGUGUAUGUGUAACCAGAUCGCUUUAUAGUGUUGGGGAGUGUAUCUAAAUACUUUUUGCCAGAGCUCCGUUCAAACAAUUCCCACUGGACAUUUUGUACCCAUCUCUUGCGACCUACAGAGGGUACCCGGGUAGGGUCGGGUAAUAGGGGGUUGGGUACCCGGGUAGUAAAUUUGGACUCCUCCCAGCCCUAUUGUUUAUGACUGUAUAUAAUGAUGAGGUGGAUAUAUUUAUAGAUAUGUGUGUUUCUGUUGUAUGUGAGCACUUUCAUCACCUCCCUGUUAAACCAGGAAUAUAUUUUUAAUGACAUAUCAUAUAUAUUAAUUAUAAACUUCUAUAUAUAUAUAGCUUCUCUGUACUGGCCUCAGUGGUGAAAGACCCUGGCAUGACAUCACAUUACUGACCAUGUCAUAUUCUAUGUAUUAUCGCGCUCCUCAUGGUUUAUUCUCCCUGCAGUGUUUUAUUGUACGAUAAACAACUCCCACUCAUUUAUUUCUUAUGAGAUAUCAACAUUAUAUACAGUUUCUUUGAAGAUCAUGAGAUGUAAAGCUUUGAAAAUAUUUGACCGUUUAUUAAUAAUGAUGACUCCCCCAAUAGAAUCUGACCUCGGCAAUGUUGUACAAGUCCAUUUUACGCACAGGUGAAUGUUUCCUGCAUUCUCACAAUCCUCGAGUCCAUUACCUGCACCUUUUCUCCCAAUACUGAUUGUCAUAUCUCUCUCACUCUUGGAUGCGAUCGUUCAGUCGUUGUGUUUAUCUACAUACCCCAACUACAUCUACUGGGAACAACUCACCGUGUAUUCCCUCUCAAAAGGGGCACGGGUGGCCCAGUCGUCUAAGGUGCCGCGAUUCGCUGUGCAGAGUUGCAUCCCUUGGGCACGCCAGAAACCUAUGAUUGUGGGUUCGAAUCCGGGGUUUGCCCCG